AUGCAGUCGCUACCAAAGAAGCCGUCAACAGGUGGAAGUGUGGCAGGUGGCGGAAAAAAUAACACAACUUCAAAUACUGCUUCCAACAAUAAUCCGACAUCUAAACGAACCAAGCUUUACAACUCCAGACAAAUACGAACACAGAUUCAAGAUGAGUCUUUUACCAAUCCUCCCAAAGGUGGAACUACCGCACAACAAUUACGGAAGAUGCUUAGCAAUGGAUCGAUGAUUCCAAAUAAGCUCAGUAUUCCAGAUUAUCUAUCGGCUAGGGAGUUUGAAAUAAGAGCCUUGGAUUCGGCAAUGAUCAAAUCCAAAAAUUCCGGUGCUUCAAGGGUCUUCCAAACAUUGCCUCGUACAUUGAGGAGAAGAACAGCAAGUCACAAUGUGCGCAGAAUACCCAAGAGAAUGAGAAGAAAGGCUUUGCGGGAGAUGGGUUUACAGUCAAAAGCCGGUUCAGCUACGACGACUUUGGGUACUAAAGGUGUUACUGUUAUGGGAAAACCAAUCAAGCCGAAGAUUGGGCGGGGUCGAAAAAGAUGGGCCCUCAUUAGAAAAAUGAAAUUGCUCAAAUAUGCUGCUAAGUGGAAAAUAAAGGGGAGAUUGCCUAACUCUCAGUGGAUCAGUGUCUCGCAAAUAAAUUUAAGGAAAAAACUGAAACUUCUGAAAAAAGAUUUGAAACUUUUAGAUGAAAAACAUGACCCUGAGGAGGCCGAAAAUUCAAAUUCCCACAAGUGGGUCAAACAUGAUGUGACCAAAAUUAAAAAGCUUGCUUUUAAUAUCCAUAAUCAGUUGGGUUCGUAUGAUAAUACAUCUGUAAAUAAGUUGAGCAAAAUUGGAAAACUCACAUCUGUUCAGUAUGCUACAAGACAGAAAAACUUCAAAUGGUUACCAACCCAUAUAUGGCAUGCAAAACGUGCUAAAAUGAUGAAGAGGUGGGAAUGGACAAUCCCUUUAGAACCGACUCAAAGAUGCUACAGGAGCACAAGUAGAGCUUCGAGACUAAAGGGAGCGGUUGUUUCUGAUACUUCUUACAUUGGUUCACUGGUGAUAAAUGCGUACAGCAAGGGAAGUAUGGAAAAAGUCUUAAAAUACAUUUCGGUCAUCACAAAAAAUAAGGUAAAAAUAUACGAGAGCUGUCUUUCCAAAGGAAUCGCUUGGGAAGGUUAUGUAUAUGACUUACAUGACUCUGGUGAUCCAAUUGGUAGGAUGACAUUAGUUUUCGUAGAAAAUUCUUUACAAAACACCUUUAGAGUUAUGGCUAGAUUACACCCGUCAAUCUUUUCUACGGUAUUCAGUCAACUCGUCGGAAACUUGGAGGGCGUUGAAGAGGUUACUAUUCAUGAUUGUAAGUAUUCCAUAGGCUCAAUUGACCUCACUGGUCCUAAGUCUCUCACAGCAUUACAAUCCAUUUUGCAGUGCCGUCAAGAAAACGAUUCCCAGUUUGAGAGCUUUUUGAAGCUUCAUAAACUAAACGAUCUUACUAGCGUUCCAGAAAAUACCAUUUUCACCUUUAACGUUUGCGAUCCAAGAUUUAAAACAAAGCCAGUGAUUCCAGCAAAGUCAAAGAUCAACUAUGAUGAUCAACUAGAUAUUUUGAUCGCUUUAAAGAGUAAGAAGAAAAAGAGCUUGAGCGAUGAUAUUUUAAACCCAGAGUCUCGUGCUCAAACCUAUGACAACCAAAUGAGUUUGAAAGAACUAGGCAAGAGGCGCAAUCUACACCCAGGAGAAGCUAUUCCAAUUAAAGAAAAUGAUGCAUCUAUUUGCGUAAUGCUAAUCAAAUCGUAUGAGCAGUGGACCAUUUUGUUACCCUGGUUUUGGGUGGUUCCAUUCUGGUAUUCACUUGUGCAUGUGCCUCAUGUCCAGUUUGGAGGUUUCAAACAAUCUGAGCAACUGAGACUAGAGCGUAAGCUAUUAGGGUGGUCAGAUAUGGUUUUCACUACCAACGGUUACGUUCAAUGUGAACUAGAGAGAGAGCAAGCUGAGCGGAAGUGGGAAAAGAAACCGAAAUCCAAAAGAGUAACGUACGCAAAACUUAAAGUUGAUGGACUGGGCUCCGGGGAAACACUAUCACCCUUUGGGCUUGAUUGGAGAGGGUUGCAGGUUAUAAGGCUAGUUACCAAAAAAUUAAAGCUUGAAGGAAACUUAGGGGGAAUGAAAAACAAACAAAACAAUCGGAUAGUAACAGACGAUAAACUAAACAUUGUUCCUCAAACUCUCUCUGACCUUCCGAUUGCUGUAAAGGCAAUCCAAGCCGCAGAACAACAGCUAAAAAAGCAAAACCUGCAUUCUGUGUUGCUGCAAUAUAAGCCUAUAACACUUGCAACCAAUAUUACGACAGGUAUAGAUCACCGCAAAUUAACUUUCAACAUUAAGCAGCUUCCAGCACUUGCAGUCACUCCAAUAUAUCUCACAUGCGUCGGCAAAGGGAAUGUUGUCUCUAAUGCCAGGAUUUACGAGGUAAACAAGAAGUAUGAAAAUUUCUGGAAAGAAACUGCAUCAGGUGUUGUCACAAAUAUCCGUGGAAAUUCUGUACGGGUAGGAUCAGUUGCAGAAGCAGAGAAAUUGUAUCCAAAAUUACACAACGUUGUCGGCCUCGUUAGUAGCGCAACCUUUAGUCUUGUCGAAGGGAAGUCUAUAAGCAUUGGCUUUGUUGACAGUGAUGCAAUUGAUGGCGACGUUAGCGGAUACUUUCUUGUCAGAAAUGUGGCAAGCACAUCUUACAUACUAAUGCAUUGGAAUUGCAUAAAUAUGGCCAGGUAG